UUAUUCUUCAAGAGAAGAUCUGUUCGUUUUUGUUUUGUUUAGUUUUUGUUUUUAUUUUAUUAAUUUAUGUAAUCAAUUGAGGAAACAAAAUGAUUAUUUUUAUUGGAUUAUUCGGUUUUGUGAUAAAUAAUUUAAUUUUCAAUGCAAGCGGUGCGAAUAUAUUGGGCCUAAUGGGAGUUUCUUCUCCCAGUCAUCACAUCUGGAAUAGUGUUUUAAUGCACAGACUUGCAGAUCUAGGACACAAUGUCACUGUUCUGUCUGUGGACCUGCCAAGACCUAACGAAAAACUACCUCCAAAUCUACACUACAUUCACUUAGAAAAUGGCUAUUCUGUGACUGGCGUUACAUCAUACAUUGGCAUGGGUGUUUUCGAAUUCAUUCCAAUCUAUUAUGGUCGUAAAUUGGCAGCUAUGGAGGUAAUUCUUCAAUCAAAGGGUAUGCAGCAGCUCCUAAACUAUCCGGAUAGCUUUAAAUUCGAUGUGAUACUCUAUGAUUAUAUUAUCGGACCAUAUCUCCUGGGAUUCGUACAUAAAUUCAACUAUCCACCACUAAUUGGAAUGAGUGCUUUUCAUAAUCCACCAAUUACAAUGGACUUGAUGUCAAAUCACUAUUUUCCUGCCUACAUUCCUUAUCAUUCAACAACUUAUUCUCCUGUUAUGGACUUUUGGCAAAGACUUGAGAAUACUUUAAUUUUUAUGGCUGAUACUGCAUAUCGGCGUAUGGUGUUUGUGCCAAGAGUUGAUGACCUAGUACGACCUUAUUUCUCGAGCAAUAUGUCGUACUUAGGAGACAUUUCCAAGCACACUGCCAUAGCUUUAGUCAAUUCUCAUCCUGCUAUCAAUUUCGUUGAACCACUUCCUCCGAAUGUAAUUGAAGUUGGAGGAAUGCAAAUGCUAGAACCAAAACCACUUCCCAAGGAUCUUGAGGAAUUUUUGAAUAAAUCAAAAGAUGGCGCUAUUUUUAUUUCCUUUGGGACGAAUAUGAAAAGUCAAGAUUUUACUGUAGAACAAGUCGAUGUGAUUGUUAAUGCAAUGGCAGAGUUGCCACAGUACAACUUUAUGUGGAAAUUUGAUGUUAAAUACUUGAAAAGAUCACUUCCAGAAAACGUUUUAGCUAAAACAAAUUUCCCACAAACUGAUGUUCUUGCUCAUCCUAAACUAAAGGCAUUUGUCACACAUUGUGGAGGACUUAGUUCUCAGGAAGCAAUGUGGCGUGGAGUUCCAAUGGUUGGUGUGCCACUAUUUUUCGACCAACAUAGGAAUCUACGACAGUCAAUGGAUGCUGGUAUAGCAGUUAAACUUGAUUUUCUCACCAUGACAACAGAGGAUCUUGUUCAAGCGAUCAAAAAAGUUAUUGAAGAUCCUCAAAUGCGUCAAAAAAUUAAAGAAAAAUCAAAUCAAUUCCAAAAUAGACCCAUGAAACCUUUAGAAACUGCGGUAUGGUGGGUGGAAUAUAUUUUACAAAAUCCAAACCCUUACCAUCUUAAAUCACACGCAGAGAGACUAAACAUCUUCCAAGCUAAUUCUUUGGAUUGUAUUUUAUUUAUUUUAGCUGUAGGAGUUUCAAUUAUUUCCUUUGUUGUUAUAGUUGUGGUAUUCGUUUGGCGAAAAAUUAGUAAUAUACUGAGACCAGCAAAAGUGAAAACUAAUUAGAAAAUUCAAGCUAGAAUAGAAUUAACUACUUCAUAAGAAAAUCUAAAGUAAAGUACCUAUAAAAAAA